AGCCGUGCCGGCUCAAUAUCUUCAUUUCGCUGGCGCAUUUUGAUGGGAGGGAUCAUCUCUCCAGUUGGCUAGCUCAUUUUGUCGAGCGGCUAGCUUUGGUUCCGGGCCCAGCGUCAACCAUGCCGUCGGGGAAGAUCAAGAAGUUCUUCGAGGACAAGGGCUUCGGCUUCAUCACUCCUGACGACGGUAGCGAUGACGUGUUCGUGCAUCGCAAAGUGCAUGGUGAUGGCCAAGAUCGCACCGCGUAUUUGGAAGAGGGCGACUCCGUCACGUACGAGGUGGAGUGGGACGACCGCAAAGGCAAGUACUCAGCCUCGUCUUGCAACGGCCCCUGGAAGACAGGCGGUGGUGGUGGAGGCGGUGGUUGGGGCGGUGGCGGUGGUGGAGGCGGCUGGGGCGGCGGCGGCGGGAAAGGCUAUAACGCCUGGUGAGAUCGGGGCGCACACUGUAGGGAAACCCUAAGUGCAGGCAAUUCUUUCUUGGAGUACAACUAAUGGUCCGCAAAAACACCCCAGACAUGGAACGGACUGUGGAGGUGAAUAUGAAGUCUACGUAGGCUGACAGGACCAACGGGGGCGUUCUGGCGCACCCGCCGUUCCAUAAGCAGGGCGCAGGACGCCCUCUGUGCGACGUCUGCGCCUGUCAUGGUCUACCCUUUCCUCGCAGGCGGAAAACUCACAUUGGAUUUGGCUGCUCAAAGCAAAGCGAAAAUGAUGC